AACAUUCAGCCCUGUGGUUUUGUCACUUCCUGUUUAAAGUGUCCACUCCCCUUUCACUCUGCCUGCUGUGUGUGAGAAUAGAAACGACGGAGACAGUGAAGGUACAGAGGAUGAGGAAGUGAGGGUCAGUCUCCACAGAUCUGGGCUCAGUGACACACACACGUAUGGAUCCUCUGAUGCUCCUGUUACUUCUCAUUGCUGGGCGCACAGGUGCUGACAGUGUGUCCACAGUGAGCAGGGUGUCUGUACAGAGAGGAGGAUCUGUCACCAUCCCAUGUUUCUAUGAGGACAGAUAUGAAACUCAUGUGAAAUACUGGUGCAGAGGGUAUAAUGUGAGUUCAUGUUCUCCCAUAGUACACAGUGACUCUCCACAGGAGGGUAAAGUAUCAAUCAGAGAUGAUCCUAACCAGCAAGUCUUCACUGUGACCAUCAACAAUCUGACAGCUGGGGACUCUGGUUAUUACUCCUGUGGUGUGAAGAUCAGUGAAGGUUCAGAUGUUGGAGCAUCACUUUACCUGUCAGUCACUGAUGGUUUAUCAUUGCUGUCAGUGGACAAACAGGAGGUGACGGGUGUGGAAGGAGACAGUGUCAGUGUUCAGUGUCACUAUAAAUAUGAUUUUGGUCAGAAGAUAUGGUGUAAGAUCGGGGGCUCCUGUGCAUCAGAGAGAUCUGAGAGUUUGGAUGGGAGGCCUGUCCUGAUCACGGAUGACAGAGUAAAUGAAGUGUUCAGUGUGACAAUGAGGGGAUUGGAGAGCAAGGACACAGGCUGGUACUGGUGUGCUAACAGAGACCAUCAGAUCCCAGUCCAUAUUAAUGUCAGUCAGACAACUACAGCCAGAACCAGCACUGAACGUACUGACAGUGUGUCCACAGUGAACAGGGUGUCUGCAUGGAGAGGAGGAUCUGUCACCAUCCCAUGUUUCUAUGAUGACAGAUAUAAAACUCAUGUGAAAUACUGGUGCAGAGGGAGAAAAUGGAGUUCAUGUCCUCCCAUAGUACACAGUGACUCUCCACAGGAGGGUAAAGUGUCAGUCAGAGAUGAUCCUGACCAGCAAGUCUUCACUGUGACCAUCAACAGUCUGACAGCUGGGGACUCUGGUUAUUACUCCUGUGGUGUGAAGAUCAGUGGAGGUUCAGAUGUUGGAUAUGAGGUUUACCUGUCAGUCACUGAUGGUGUGUCCACAGUGACCGGGGUGACUGUACAGAGAGGAGGAUCUGUCACCAUUCCAUGUGUCUAUAGUGACAGAUAUAAAACUCAUGUGAAAUACUGGUGCAGAGGGAGAGAAUUGAGGCCAUGUUUUCCCAUAGUACACAGUGACUCUCCACAGGAGGGUAACGUGUCAAUCAGAGAUGAUCCUGACCAGCGAGUCUUCACUGUGACCAUCAACAGUCUGACAGCUGGGGACUCUGGUUACUACUGGUGUGGUGUGAAGAUCAGUGGAGGUACAGAUGUUGGAGAUCAGGUUUACCUGUCAGUCACUGAGGGUAAGAUGUCUGUACUGCAGACUGUAGCCAAUGAGAUGCACAGAAUGUAACAUGUCACUCAGUCAGGAAGGAAGGACACAAAUACAGAAAGAAUAAAAAUAUUUUGACAUUUAAUAAAUAGAAUAGAUUCCAAAUUUUACUUUUGUUCAACAUCAUAACUGAGACCAU